AUGGCGGGAGAUGAAGGAAUUGAGAUUCAAGAGGAAGGAGAUGAAUCUGUGGAUGUGAAAAACAAGGCAGAAGUGAAAACUGAGCUGGAAAAUGGGGGAGGAGAAGAUGAGAACGUCUUACAGUUCCUAGAUUCGUUGGAUGGGUAUUUAACGCUUAUGGAUUCUGUGAAUUCAAAGCUUCGAGAGGGAUGGUUUGAUUUAGCAAGUGCUCGACACUCUAUGGGAACUUUACGUGUCAACAGUACUCUCUUAGACCUCAAGGAUCAUCCCGCUGCUUCAACAUUGCAAGUGACAGACCAAGAGGAUGAAUCUUUGGGAUCAGCACCUCGUUUUGCUUUGUCUAAGUGGGCUUCCAAGGGCGGUAGCGGGAAAGGCAAAGACUUUUCCACUGAUGUAAAUUCGGAGAUGGGAUCACCUCGUAGCCCACAUCUACGGCAUCGAGGCGUUAAUGAAGAGAAACCAUCAGGCAUGGAUGAAACCAUGUUAGCAGCUGAUGAAGAGAUUAAGAAAGAACGAGCGAAAUCUCUGUCGGUAUUUGGAGGUCUAGUCUCGCCUAAGCUGCGUGGCGCUCAACUAUCGUUUGAGACAGCUCUUGAAACUCUUGUGGAAAUAGCCAACACGCGAUCAUUGAUGCUAUCUGCCUUUAAGCGGAUCACAAACAAGUGA